UGUCGUCAAGCCAGUGAGACUUUGAUUGAGGCGGGUGGGAGUUAAUGAGUAACCCAGCAGAGGUACAACCUUCAGCAGUCAAGUCACAAGAAGCAGAAAAGGAUCACUGCCUGCCACUUUUAGUUUUGGAAAUUACCCACAAGUGGAGUUGCUAUGGCUGAGCAUAGCGUACCGUCGACCGGCUCUGCCUCCAAGCUGGAAGACGUGCAAGGUCAAGUGAAUGAGGUGAAGGUCAUUCUGAAGGACAACAUCGACAAGGUGCUGGAGCGAGGAGACCGCCUGGACGACCUGAUUGGCAAAACCGGAGACCUGCAGGCGUCGGCCGACUCGUUCCAAAGAACCUCCACGCGGGUGGCCAGGAAGUACUGGUGGAAAAACAUCAAAAUGCUCAUCAUCAUCGGCGUGAUCGUGCUGGUCGUCUUCAUCCUCAUCAUCCUCGCCGCAACCAACGUCAUAUAAUUUAUCCACUGAGCAGUUUUAACAAAUUUAAAAAGGAAACUAUAGAAAGCGCAUUUGAGUAUUUAUUGUAUGUCACUGAUAUCCAUCUUAUGGUCCAUGUACUAGUACUCUGUGUCAGAAUCAGAAUAAUUAUCCUCUUUAUUUGUCAAGUAUGUCCAAAAAACACACAAGGAAUUUGUCUCCGGUAAUUGGAGCCGCUAUAGUACGACGACAGUCAGUCAAUUGACAGAACACUUUUGAGACAAAGACAUUGAGAAAAACGGUCACUGAGCAAUAAAGGGUUGCUAGUUAUCUGGUAAUGCUGGUACUUUUUUUUUUUGACAAUUGUGCAAAAAGAUGCACAGUCCUCUAGCGCUAAGAGCAGUUCGAAUGACUAAUAUUGCAAUAGUCCGGUGCAAUGACUAUUGUGCAAAGGGCGCCGAGACUUCAAGCGAGUAGUACGAUGAUCUGGGACAAUGUUGAUUGUGCAAAUGUUGCAGAUCUCCUCAGUCAGUGUGCAAAUGGAGCAGAUGCUACUCUGGCAUGAGUGGCCAGUAUUGGUCAACAACAUGGAUGCAAAUAGUGCAGUGUGGUGUGACUACUACAGUGAGUGCACGAGUAAUAUAUAAUUGGCCCAACAGAAAUGUGACAACAAACUCAAGACAAAAAAAAACAAUAAAUUGCCAGCAUGUUGCAAUGGAAUUGUAGGUUAGGUGCUUAAGAAGCUGAUUACAAGAGGGAAGAAGUUGUUGGAAUGUCUGCUAGUUCUAGUUUGCAUUGAUCGGUAGCGCCGACCUGAGGGAAGGAGCUGGAAGAGCCUGUGACUGGAAUGUGGAGGGUCCGAGAGGAUUUUGCACACAGCGUGCAAGUCCUCAAGGGUGGGUAGGGGGGUACCGACAAUCCUUUCAGCAGUUUUGAUUGUCCGUUGCAGUCGGAGUUUGUCCUUUUUUGUAGCAGCACCAAACCAGACUGUGAUGGAAGAACACAGGACUGAUUCAAUGACUGCUGUGUAGAACUGCCUCAGCAGCUCCUGUGGCAGGCCGUGUUUUCUCAGAAGCCGCAGGAAGUACAUCCUCUGCUGGGCCUUUUUUUUUCUCGUCCUCACUAGUAAGACAUUUAGCGCACUAGUACAAUGACUGUCUUACUAGUAGUGUUUUUUUUUCAUUACUAGUGCCAUUUCUGGCCUACUAGUACAUAAUUAAACCUUAGUAGUAAACUACUUUGCUCUACUAGUUGGCAUGUGUCACACAUUGAUAGCUUCCCGGACCCUACUCGUAGCACCAGAGUCACAAUGUCGUCCUACGAGUGUGUGAAAAUGUCCAACAGUUGCGGAAAUUUUUUUUUACUAGGACGACAGUCGUUCCACUAGUGAGCCCAAGUCAUUCUUCUCGUCUCCUGAAUUGUUUUACUGAGUGUGACAAACUGUACUAGUACAUGGACCUCAAGCUGGAUAUUAAGAUAUAUUAUGGAAUAAAUGCUCAAACGACCUUCCAUAGGGCACACUUGAUCGUUUGCAUCACACUCCAAAAAUAAUUCUAUCCCACAGAAAUCCAAACAAGUAUUUUAUUGUUUUAUCGCGCUUACAUUGAAUAUAUAUAUAUUGUGUGUUUACAUGAACGUUGUAUAGGUCUGAUAAAGAGAAUAUGUGCGUCUACAACUGUAAAUAAGUGUGUCUAACUAUUAAUAAUCAAAACCUUUCACAAAACCCCCCCAAAAAAGAAUGAGAACAACUCUAAAUAAAGAUACCCCUGGAAAAAAAAAGGUGUCAGCUCCAAGGAACACGCCGGAAAAUAAAGGAAAAAGGCUCUUCA